UUCACGUAUAAACGAGAAUUCUCCGAGCACAUUUCAAAAUUAUACCCGAAUAAACAUUUCCUGUAAAUUGCUUUUGUGCCGAACGUAUUUCACGCUUUGGACACUCCAAAUAUUGAGCUGAAUCAUCGACAGGAUCUGUGUCGGUCAGCAAACACUGAAAAAGGACACUUGCAAGGAGCGUUUCUUGAGUUCUCUACUGGCAACCCACACAAUACGGGUCAACUUUCGAUUCCCCAUUUCGGUCCACAGUUUCGACUUGAUUUUUGAACAAUAUGCGUGGACAACUGUUGCUGAAAGGACCCGCUUUGGCCAGGAGCUUGAGCCGUUGCCGCAUCCCGGCCUUGCCGCAAAUUGGAUCAGUUCGUCAUGUGACCGCCGGCUGUGGAGCUGGUGAUGCCGUCAAGGGCGGCAAAGGAAUCGUUUUGGGCCUCUACGAAAAGGAGUCGGGAAAGGGUCCUCGACUAACGCCUGCAGGCGAAAAGUUUGAUGAUCGCGCCCAGGGCAAGUUAUCGGAGUUGAUUUGCGAAACCAAAUUGACCGGACGUUUGGGUCGCGGCAAGGUCUUCAACAAUGUGGACAACGAGUUCCGAUCAAUUUGCGUGGUGGGCGUUGGUCUCGAAGGCAUUGCCUUCAAUGAACUGGAAAUGCUGGACGAGGGCAUGGAGAAUGUGCGCAUAGCCGCCGGAAUUGGUGCCCGAUCUCUGCAGAGUAUUGGCUGCUCCGAGGUUCAUGUGGAUAAUAUGGACUAUGCUGAACAGGCUGCCGAAGGUGCCGCAUUGGCCAUUUGGCGAUUUGAGGAGAAUCUGGCCAAGAAGUAUCGCAGCACUAUACCCAAGCUGGAGCUGCAUGGUUCACCGGAUGUGGAGUCCUGGACCAGGGGCCUUUUCAAGGCGGAGGCCCAGAAUUUGGCCAGGAGACUGUGUGAUGCGCCUGCCAAUUGUAUGACACCGACAAUUGUGGCACAGGCCGCGGUGGAUUCACUGUGUCCAUGCGGCAUCACCGUGGAGGUUCGCACAAUGGAGUGGAUUGAACAGCAGCAUCUGAACUCCUUCCUGAUGAUUGCCAAAGGAAGUUGCGAACCACCCGUGCUGCUCGAGGUGGCCUAUUGCGGCACCGCACCGGAGGAUAAACCCAUUCUGCUGGUGGGUCAAGGCAUCACCUUCAAUUCCGGUGGCAUCAAUCUGCGUCCAUGCAAGGGAAUGGACGAGUUUCGCGGCGAUCUCACUGGUGCAGCCAGCAUUUUGGCCGCCAUGCGAGCAGCAGCGGCAUUAUCCUUGCCCAUCAAUAUAACUGCCGUGAUACCGCUGUGCGAGAAUCUGCCCUCUGGCAUGUCCUGCAAGCCGGGCGAUGUGGUCACCUUGCUGAAUUCCAAAUCGCUGGCGGUGCGCAACAUAAGUCGAACCGGAGUGGUGGUCAUCUCGGAUCCCAUGCUCUAUGGCCAGAUCACAUACAAGCCCAGACUCGUCGUCGAUGUGGGCUCCAUGUGCAAGGGCGUGAAGAAGGCGGUGGGCGGUGGUGCCACUGGAAUCUGGUCGAAUUCACACUACAUAUGGAAACAGUUCCAGCGGGCCGGUUCCUUGACCGGUGAUCGCUUGUGGCGAUUCCCCUUGUGGCGUUACUACAAGGAUCGUGUGGCGGAACACCUGAGCUUUGACCUCUUAAACGAUGGCGAGGGAUAUGCCUCAUCUUGCCUGGCAGCUGCUGUGCUCCACGAACUUGUGCCCUGCAGCGAUUGGGCCCAUCUGGAUACCUAUGGCACUGGAUUACUGAGCACGUAUGGAUUGAUACCCUACUUAACAGCUGGCAGGAUGACUGGCAGGCCAACAAGGACAUUGGUGCAGUUCCUUUACCAAAUCGCGUGUCCCGAACAGCCCAAAUAAUUGACGUUCAACAUGCUCGAUGAUGUCUGCGGGUGACUACGAUUACGUUUUGAUUGGUUCUUUGACUGGCGACUCUUCAAAAACCCCGAAAUACGGAUGUAUGGCUUCAACUGUGUAUAUAUAUAUAUAUAUCUGAGAUGGGAUGGCGAUGUUCACCCAACGUUUUUAUCUGUUGACCGAAGUCCCAAGACAAGGGACCAGAGCUCGUUCAAUGUUUGUAUUUUAUGUUUAUGACUCGGCCGCAUCCCGGGGCUGAGUUGGCUGGCAGAGAUUGUCUAGAGUCCAAAAAGAAAUUCAAAUUCACACAUAAAUUGUAUCACUCAAUUGUAAACUUUCGGCUGACAAUCAGAUAUAAUAAAUUUUAGGGUCCUCUUAAAAGAA